AUGAAGGCACUUGGUGUUGACAUAUUGACAGGUUUUGGCUCUGUUCUGGGGCCACAAAAGGUUAAAUAUGGAAAGGACAAUAUUAUUACCGCUAAAGAUAUAAUCAUUGCCACUGGAUCUGAAAGACUGUCAUCACAAGUGACCCAUGCAUUGAAACUGGGGUCUGUUCCUGACCGGAUUGCGAUAAUAGGAAGCGGUUAUAUCGGUCUUCAGUUCAGUGAAUGUUUACACGGCUCUUGGAAGCGACGUAUCGUGUUUGUUUUGAAGCAGAGCCAAAACCUGUCAAAAUGUCAACACCAAGUGCCUUUGAUCGUCAUUUUGUCCACCUUUGAUGCCAAAACCAAGGAACCCAAGGAUACUCUGGAGGUGGACGCCGCUCUUAUCGCCACAGGAAGAGCUCCAUUCACCAACGGUCUUGGUCUUGAAAACAUCAAUGUAGCGACGCAGAUAGGUUUUAUACCAGUUGAUGAGCGAAUGCGUGUGAUCGACGAAAAUGGAAAGCUAGUUCCACACUUGUACUGCGUCGGUGAUGCUAAUGCUCAUGCGGCUAGUGCCCAAGGAAUUUCUGGUAAAUUGAGUAUCAAUUCCACGCCAGUCUUACUAUGUUUGUUCAGACCUCCAAUUAAACUUUGUGCAUCUACUUGUGUUGGCUAGGGAUUUAAAGUAAGUAUUGCGAAGACAAGUUUCAAGGCGAACACAAAGGCCCUAGCCUAAAACGAAGGAGAAGGACUCGCUAAGAUGAUAUACAGACCUGACAAUGGUGAAAUCUUAGGAGUUCAUAUCUUUGGAUAGCAUGCAGCUGAUCUUAUCCAUGAAGCUUCCAACGCCAUCGCUUUAGGAACUCGCAUUCAGGUACGGGGGAAUCUUUAUUUCUGCAACCCAACAUGUUCCUUUUUUGAUCAUUGUGCUAUAGAUUGUGAGAUUUAACAACGGCACAAAGUGUUAAUAGCUGCUGUAUGAACAAGAACUCAAGUCAGCCUGUAACAAAAGUUUUGUGUUAGGAAGACAACUGCGCUUUAGCGACAUCUCGCUGCGCAUACUCUGGAUUUAACGUAUAAACUCAUGAUUUACAGUCCCCACACCACUUCUCUUUAUUAGUCCAUUCAGCUCACUGUGGCUAUUUGAUCAAGCUCUUUCAUCCCAUCAUACUUCAGCCGUGUCACAUGUUAAAAUAUUUAUACAUACAUUAAUCACCAAUACUUUCUAUGUAAUAUUGUGUUUUAAUCUUUACUAGCAUAUCUUUGGAUUAGAUA